GUUUUUUGGAUUACAUCACAGUUUAAUACAGCAAACCAAAACAAUUUGCUAGCAAUUCCCUCAAUAACUAUAUCAUCGCUGAGUCGGGCGGCAAAUAUCGGUGAAUACUAUGACGCCCGUAACGACCAGUUUCGGAAAAUUAAUUUAUUUAAACAAUCGAUUCCCUCGAAUGCCAUCAUAAGUACCGAUACUCCCGACAAUAGUCUUGUUUUAAGCUAUUCUGAUACAUUAAAGGAAAAAUUUAACAAAAUGGACAUUGGCGCGUCAUUAAAAAUGAGCAUAUUAGUUGGAAUGAUUAAAAUUGGUUUAUCAGGAUCAGCCCAUUUUCUAUCCGAAACAAAAACAAAUUAUCGUUACGCAAAAGUUUCAGUCAUACAAAAAAUGAAGACAAAAGAAGAAUCCAUUAAUAUUAAUGACGAAUCAUUAAAACCAUUGAUUGAUAUGAAAUUAUUGGACAAAAUCGAUGCAACACAUGUAGUGGUCGGUAAAGUAUUUGGUGGUAAUGUAAUCGUUUCGGUUGAAAAUAAAAAUGAAGAAAACAAAGAUGUUUAUCAAUUAGAGGGAAGACUUGCAGCAGAUAUUAAACUAAAUUUUCUUGAUAUUUCUGGUGGUGUUGAUGGUUCUACUAAAAUAAAAAACAUAACUAAACUAAAUACAUAUGAUUUUAAAAUUGUAGGCGACAUAAUUCCAGAUGCUAUGCCUGUGACGGUAGCCGAAGCAUUAAACUAUACUAGAGAUAUACCAAAAUUAUUGAUAUCUAGUAAUACAGGAUCRGGAAAAAUAAUUGAAUAUCAUUUAAUGCCAAUUAAUGUUAUGAGAGAGAUAUAUUCAAUUGAUAUAAAACAAAAUUAUACUUGA